AUGCCAAAUGAGUUCUUAACUUAUUGGGAUACUAAAGUUGAAACACGACAUCCUAUAAGGUUGUAUUCGAGGUACAUUGAUAGGGUGCACAUGCUGAUCCAGUUCACCCAUGAAGAAGCCCGGGAUCUCAUCCAGCGGUAUCUUACUGAACAUCCUGAUCUGAACAAUGAGAAUAUGGUUGGUUAUAACAACAAGAAAUGCUGGCCUAGAGAUGCUCGGAUGAGGCUCAUGAAGCAUGAUGUGAACCUAGGGAGAAGUGUGUUCUGGGAUAUGAAGAAUCGUUUUCCCAGAGGUAUCACCACAUUGGAUUGGGAGAAUAGUUUUGUCUCUGUUUUCAGCAAGGAUAAUCCCAACUUGCUUUUUAGCAUGUGCGGGUUUGAGGUCCGUGUUCUGCCAAAGUUAAGAAUGACACAGGAGGCAUUCAGCAAUGCGAGAGAUGGAGUGUGGAACUUGCAAAACUACCAAACCAAAGAGCGUACUGCCGUUGCUUUCUUACGUGUUGAUGAUGAGCAUAUGAAAGUGUUUGAGAACCGCGUUCGGCAGAUUCUCAUGUCAUCAGGUUCGACCACGUUCACCAAGAUUGUCAACAAGUGGAAUACAGCUUUGAUAGGCCUCAUGACAUAUUUCCGUGAAGCUACUCUUCAUACGCAAGAAUUGUUAGAUUUACUGGUGAAAUGCCAAAAUAAAAUCCAGACGCGGAUUAAGAUUGGAUUGAACUCGAAAACGCCAAGCAGGUUUCCUCCCCUGUUAUUUUACACACCGAAAGAAAUUGGGGGUUUGGGAAUGUUGUCAAUGGGUCACAUUUUGAUUCCACAGAGUGAUCUCCGGUACUGUCAGCAGACAGAUGUUGGUGUCACACAUUUCAGGAGUGGAAUGAGUCAUGAUGAAGGGAAGUUGAUACCAAAUCUUUAUCGUUACAUACAACCAUGGGAGAGUGAGUUUAUUGAUUCCCAACGAGUUUGGGCUGAAUAUGCUUUAAAGAGACAGGAAGCUCAGGCACAGAAUAGGCGGUUGACUCUUGAAGAUCUGGAGGAUUCAUGGGACCGCGGGAUUCCUAGGAUCAACACUUUGUUCCAGAAGGACAGGCACACACUUGCAUAUGACAAGGGAUGGAGGGUGAGAACAGAGUUUAAGCAAUACCAAGUUUUGAAACAGAACCCUUUCUGGUUGACACACCAAAGGCACGAUGGAAAGCUGUGGAACUUGAACAAUUACCGAACUGAUGUUAUUCAAGCACUAGGAGGAGUUGAAGGAAUAUUGGAGCAUACCUUGUUUAAGGGAACAUACUUCCCUACUUGGGAGGGUCUUUUCUGGGAGAAGGCAUCUGGCUUUGAAGAAUCCCUGAAGUACAAGAAGCUGACCAAUGCACAGAGAUCUGGGCUCAAUCAAAUUCCUAACCGUAGAUUUACACUCUGGUGGUCUCCUACAAUAAAUUGGGCCAAUGUCUAUGUUGGUUUCCAAGUGCAGUUGGAUUUGACGGGGAUCUUUAUGCAUGGAAAGAUACCAACUCUGAAGAUAUCUUUGAUACAGAUAUUCCGAGCCCACCUUUGGCAGAAGAUUCAUGAGAGUGUUGUCAUGGAUCUUUGCCAGGCCCUGGAUCAAGAGAUUGAUGCUUUAGAAAUCGAGAGUGUGCAGAAGGAGACUAUCCAUCCCAGGAAAAGUUACAAGAUGAACAGUUCGUGUGCAGAUAUACUCCUCUUUGCGGCCCAUCGAUGGCCUAUGUCAAAGCCUAGCCUUGUGACUGAGUCAAAUGAUCUCCGAUGGGGUGAUUACGAUUCUCAUGACAUUGAGCGUUACACAAGGGCAAAAUUCAUGGAUUAUACAACAGACAACAUGUCGAUGUACCCUUCUCCAACUGGGGUGGUGAUUGGAAUUGAUCUUGCUUACAACUUACAUUCUGCCUUCGGUAACUGGUUCGGGGGCUCAAAAGAAUUGCUUGCACAAGCCAUGAACAAGAUCAUGAAGUCCAAUCCUGCUUUGUAUGUGCUGAGGGACAGAAUAAGGAAGGGCUUGCAGCUUUAUUCAUCCGAGCCAACUGAACCUUAUCUCUCUUCUCAGAAUUAUGGGGAGAUUUUCAACAAUCAACUCAUAUGGUUUGUGGAUGACACUAAUGUAUAUCGCGUCACUAUACACAAGACUUUUGAAGGCAACCUCACGACGAAGCCCAUUAAUGGUGCCAUUUUCAUCUUCAACCCGAGGACUGGCCAGUUAUUUUUGAAGGUGAUUCAUACUAGUAUAUGGGCAGGACAAAAGCGACUUGGGCAAUUGGCCAAGUGGAAAACAGCUGAGGAAGUGGCUGCUCUGAAGAACAAUGUGAGCACUUCAGCACUCACACAAUCAGAAAUUCGAGAUAUUAUCCUUGGAGCUGAAAUCACUCCUCCCUCCCAGCAGCGGCAACAAAUUGCUGAGAUGGAAAAACAGGUAAAGAAAUCUACGCAGUUAACAGCUGUCACCACAAAGACCACAGAUGUACAUGGGAAUGAAAUCAAUGUGGUGACUACUAACCCGUAUGAGAAUGAUCCAUUUGCAUCCAAAACUGACUGGCGUGUGAGAGCCAUUUCUUCCACGAACCUUCAUCUUCGAGUGAACCACAUAUACGUGAAUUCUGAGGAUAUGAAUGAGACGGGCUACACUUACAUUAUGCCUAAGAAUAUUUUGAAGAAGUUCAUCUGCAUUGCUGACUUGCGAACUCAAAUUGCAGGAUACUUGUAUGGCAUAAGCCCUCCGGAUAAUCCUCAAGUGAAGGAAAUUAGUUGUAUUGCCAUGCCACCACAGAAGGGAAAUCAUCAGCACGUAGAUUUGCCAUCAGCGCUUCCUGAGCAUGACUUUCUGAAUGUUUUGGAGCCUUUGGGAUGGAUGCAUACCCAGCCAAAUGAAUUUCCCCAGUUGUCUCCUCAGGAUUUAACGAAUCAUGCUCGAAUUCUGGAAAGAAACAAGCAAUGGGAUGGAGAGAAAUGUAUCAUCUUAACAUGCAGUUUUACACCAGCUUCUUGCUCAUUAACUGCAUAUAAGCUUACACCACCUGGUUAUGAGUGGGGCCAUUCCAACAAGGAUACAGGAGGAAAUCCUCCUGGUUACUUGCCAACAUAUUAUGAGAAGGUUCAGAUGCUUUUGAGUGAUCGCUUCCUUGGUUUUUACAUGAUUCCAGAUAAUGGUCCAUGGAAUUAUAACUUUAUGGGUGUAAAGCAUAAUGGGAGCAUGCAAUAUGGAGUGAAGCUGGGGAAUCCAAAGGAGUACUAUCAUGAAGAUCAUCGACCAACACAUUUCUUGGGCUUCAACAACUCGGAAGAUGGUGAGAGUGCAGAAGGUGACCGCGAGGAUACAUUUUCUUGAUUCUAGCUUUUCCCCAGAAACAUGUAGAGUUGGGUAUUUGAAGGAUCUUUAUGUUUAUUGCACUCAUGACUCUCGAAGUAGUAUAGGUAAAGGCUUUUGUUUUAUACUACCUUGUAAUACGUUUUGCGCAUGCUUUUACUCUUUUGCAAUGAGUUUCAUAAACUUUUAUUAAAUGCAGGAUACUAUCCCUUUUAUUUAACUGGAAGAGCAUCAAACACUAACGUUACAUGCAUACACCUUACAGUGCCU